AUGAUUUCUGUGAUGAACGGUAUCAACAAUCCGGCAUCGUUCGGCUUCUCCGGAAGUUUCAUGGACAAACCGUUUUAUCAAAAAUUUGCUGCUACUAAUGUUGCAACGCCAGCUUCUGUAACUCCGGUUGCAACCACAGCUGCUGCUGCUGCUGCUGCUGCAACAGCUGAAUCAUCCUCAAAUAUUUCAGUAUCAAGUGCUACAAACGAGAAUGAUAGGACCAAUACUCCGCCUGCACUUGCUACAAGUUCAUCGACGGCCUCAUCAUCACAGGUGAUGAAUGUGAUGAGUAACUUACCUGGUGCGCAUCAUCAUGUCCAUGCCGGACACUCGCAACAUUAUCCGUAUGGCUAUGACUGGGCGUCAUCACAUCAGGCUGCCGCUGCCGCUCAAGCUGCACAUCUUUCUGCGCAACAAGCUGUUGUUCAGCAAGCUGCUGCUGUUGCAGCUAACGUUGCAUCUGUCUCUUCUGCUUCCGUAUCAUCAUGUGUGCCAUCGUUAGGAUCCUCAGGGAUACCAUCACCAAAUGCUGUCGCCAAAGCUGCUUUUCUUUCACCAUCUACCGCAACCGGCAAGUUUGCAAUACUUUUCAUUAAUUUCAUUUUGCAAACAGGAAAAGUACGACAAAACUUGUUAGGUUUCGAUAUGAUGAAUCCGAUGUGCCAAGCAGAUUUUUACGGGUCUAAUUUUCAUGCCGCUCAUGCAGCAGCUGUAGCCACUGGACAUACAUGGGCUUACGGUUAUCCACAACAGUAUCCCUUUGGUGCGCAUCCGUAUCCAGGAAGUAUGGUAGCCGAUAUGACUGGUUUAACAGAUGCAACAUUAGAUUGGACAGGAAAUAUAUCGUCGAGGAAAAAAAGGAAGCCGUACACCAAAUAUCAAACUUUGGAACUCGAGAAAGAAUUUCUUUACAAUACUUAUGUUAGCAAACAAAAACGAUACGAAUUAGCCAAAAAUUUGUACCUAUCCGAGAGGCAAGUCAAAAUUUGGUUUCAGAAUCGACGAAUGAAAGACAAAAAGCAAAAGCAAAGGUCAUCAGUGGAUCAAUCUUGUAGUUCGCAAUUGAUGAUGUCCAGUUUGAAGGGUGAAUAA